AUGGAUGCUGAUCGAGACUUGAAUUUCGCGAUCGGAUGGAAUCGAUUCAAUUUGAGCCUCGUCGGCAUUUGGCCUGAUCCGUUACAAAGUCCUAAACAAAAGAGCGGACUUUCCCGAUGUCGCUUUAUGAUAGCCAGUUUCUUCAUGCUGGGCUUUAUGUGUAUACCGCAAUCGGCGAAUUUGUUAUUCAUUUGGGGUAACGUGGAUAUGAUGACCGAAAACCUGGCGACCGCUAAUAUUCCAGUCGCGAAUUCUUUCAUGAAAGCUUUCACCAUCUGGCGUAAAAGGAAAGUUUUGAAGCCGUUGGUCAACUUCUUCUAUCAAGAUUGGUAUAUGCCAAAAACAUCUGAAGAAAGAACAAUUAUGCUAAAGAAUGCUAAAAUUGUGAGAAAGAUAUCCAUAUGGUGCACAAUACUAACGCAGGUCAUGGUGACCAUUUAUAUCGUUCUAAGGAUCUCGACGAUUAUCAGAUUUUCACCUAGUGACCCGGCUCGUCCUAUGCUUUAUACAGCCUAUUUUCCUUUCGACAUUACCAGAAGUCCGAUUUUUGAAUUGAUUUGUGUAUGCCAGAUUUUAUCUGCUUAUAGCGCAACAGUUUCUUACACCGGUAGCGACAGUUUCAUUUCCAUGCUAGUGCUCCACGUCUGCGGUCAAUUUGAAAACUUGCGCGAGAGGCUCAAGAAUCUCGCUAAUGAUCCGAACGCAGUAAAAACGUCUCAAGAGUUCAAGAGUAAACUGAGACAAAUUGUAAUGAGACAUGAACAUUUAAACUGGUUUGCAAAAACAAUUGAGGAUUCCUUCAAUAUGAUAAUGCUAAUACAAAUGCUUUCUUGUACUGUUCAAUUGUGCUUUCAAGGAUUUCAGGUUUUUAGGGUGAGUGACACGAAGAAUAGAUUUGUUCUAGCUCACUUGUAUGUUUAUUGUUACGUUGGUGAAAUGCUGCUUGUACAAAGUACUGAAAUAGGAUUCUCUGCAUACGAAUCGAACUGGUUUAAUGUGCCAGGAAAAGAAGCCAGAAAUCUUCUAUUUAUCUUACAUAGAUCGACAGCGCCUCUUUGCUUAACUGCUGGAAAAUUCAGCACAUUUUCUUUACAGAUGUUCAGUAAGAUUGUGAGAACUUCACUCGGUUAUCUCUCAGUAUUACUUACAGUAACCGAACGAAAAGAAUAG